AAAGGUUAUAGGUGAUGUAGUGUCUCGGGUUCAAUGAUAACUUGGAAACUUAAGCAUUGCCUCAUCUUUUUAAGAAUUCUUUUAUCGUGGGGUGUGAAAAUAGUUGAAUUUAACUGUAGAGGCUUUUCUAUUUUCUCAUCACAUCACUUGACACUUUUAACAAGACAAGAACACAUUUGAAACCAUCACUUGAUGAAAGAUCUCAGCAUGAUGCAGAUGAACUCCAGUGUGCCGUCUUCCAAUGUCUCUAUAUCUCCAGGAAAUGUUGUCCUUCAUCCUUCCUGGGACUUCGAUGGUCUGGUACCUUCUGUGGUCUUGUCUUUCAGCUUUUUGUUAGGAGUCCCUGGAAACAUCGCUGUGCUUGUUUUCAGACCAAACUUCCAGCACCUGUCCUCUGUAAGCCAGAAACUGAUGUUGAACCUGGUGGUUUCAGAUCUUCUCUGCCUGCUCACUCUUCCAUUGUGGAUUUACGAUUUUAUCAACAUCUGGACAUUUGGACUGGUAGCCUGUAAAAUUCUCACCUUCCUCGUGUACUGCGGCAUAUAUGGCAGUCGUCUAACAGUGACUGCUUUGAGCGUUCAGCGAUACUUGCUGGUGGUGCAUCAGAAGACGUGGACACAUCAGACGGGAGUGACACUCCUGCUGGUUCUAUUGUGGCUGGUUUCCAUCAUACUUUCCAUUCCUGCUUUGGUGGUUCGACAGGUGACCACCGAUCAGAACAAAACACGCUGUGAGUCUCAGUAUUCCUCAGAAGCUCAGUGGAUCACAGUGCUGUUGACGGAGGCCCUAAUUGGAUUUACCAUCUUUUUUGUGGUAGUGUUUUCAUACACCCGACUACAGAAGAAGGUGAAGCGGGCUGCAUUUUUCAACAAUCCACAGACAUCCAGACUGGUUACCACUAUCAUCGUGAGCCUUUUUGCUCUCUGGGUUCCAUUUCAUUUUUUUGAUGUGCUGAUUUCUGCAGCUAUUUUAUUACACAAUGAGAACCUUUUAAAGCUUUGUUUGAAUGUAUCAUAUACAGUUGGAGCACUUAAUUUUGUGAACAGCUGUCUGAAUCCAUUCCUGUAUGCAUUUACUUCUUACAACUUUUGUUGCAAAAAAAGGUGCAGUAUGAAGGUCUGACCUGUAGGUUGGCUUCAUGUUUAACACUCGAACUGAGAUACUGGAAAUCUUUUUGUUUUAAAUUGUUGAUAUAUUGUACAUUUGGCUGAAAGCUGUUUGAGUUUCUCUUGUAUUUUUUUUUUUUUUUUUGUUAUGGUAACACUGUCCCAUGUGUGUCACAUUCAGAAUUGUUCUUGUCUGUUUGAAUCAACUUGACUUGGUUUGUCUUUUACUGAAGAUGUUUCCCUUCUCCAGGUUGACUGUUUUUAUCUAUUAUUUCAAAGAUUUGCCCAUUUUUUUUGUCAUAAUAA